CCGCCACUCAUGCGCUGCGCGACCUGCUGAACACACGCGCACCCCACCACAGCCUGUGACCCUGCGACUCUGCGACACAACGAGACAGCUAAAACAACCCAUUUGCUUAUACUAUGUGCCAGUGACUGAACGCCAGUGAUUUAAGUGAAGUGACAUUACCACUACCCUCGUGAUAUGUGCUGAAGAGUGUACAUCAAGUGAUUUUUCAGUCGCAGCCUCUACCGUUAACAGUAAAUAUGGUGAGAGGGGCGACGUCAGUGCUUACGCUAGCGCUGGCAUGGGCGUGCAUCGUUCACGCUAGCGUCCUUGUGCCCACCUACGUGUUGCCGCCCGACUCGUUCGUGCGCGAUCAACGCUCCCUCGGCCCACGACCCGACAGCGACCCCGCUGAGUCCCAGCGGAUGAUCAAACGUUUAAUAGGGGGACAUAUGAAAAUUAAAUCCGAAAGAGAAUAUGGAAAAUCCAAAAAUUCUAUCAACUUGGACUCAAAAAGUGAAAGUGGUAAAUUUGCAGGAGUUAUUGUGCCAGAAUUGUCGGGCGGGACCGUAGGAUGGAAUCAAGGUAUCUGGGAUGACGGCAUGCUCAUGUCAAGCGCCGGCGAAGGAAAGGGUGAUACGGGAAAAAUGAAAGAGGACGACGAGGACAAAAAGACGUUAUCGGAUCAGGUGGCCGAAGGAAAAUAUGGCUUGAUACAAAAUGAGAUAUUUUCGAAAGCUCCUAAGCGCCCAGGAAUUUUGAGUUACGAACCUAACUCAGAAACUCGGUCUAAAGAUAAUCUGCAGAGCCUUGGAGGUCUUAAAAAAGAUGAAAUAUGGCUUGCAGAAGAUCAUUUAUUAGUUUUAAAGGGAGGCUCAUUCCCAGAACGUACAAAAGAAGCUGAAAAUAGACCUUGGCCACCAAUCGAUAGUUAUGAGGCGCCUAGAAGGCAAGUAAAACUACCACAGAAACCUAAAGUACCACCGCCCUUUCCAGUACGACUCUCCGACGACGGACCGCUUAUCUUCCUUACACCGAACGGCAGUAUCCCUGCGCCCAUUUUCCCACCCUUCCCUGCAGGAGAAGGCGAAGGCACUUUAUCUUCUCCGCCAUUCAUUUACUCAGCGGGAGCGUCCUACGCCCCGAGUGAUAAUCAGAGAAACUCUACUUCCGGGGGAGCGCCGUUGCCAAGUCCUCCGUUCCCAUUCCUACCCGGGAAUGCGAGCGAAGGAGCAUUCCCUUACUUCGCAUCCAUAAACGGCUCUUUUCCAGAAGGCUUUCCUCCGGGCGCAGCAUUUCUACCACCACCCAGCAACCAAACAGACCUAUACGACGAAGACGACCCUUCGAUUUACUAUCCGCCGCCAUACAAUUUUUCUUAUCACACUGACUACAAGAGUAGUGUGCCGGCUGGACCUUUAGUACCUGGAAUAAUAUUACCACCUCCACCUGAUUUCUUUGCGCCUCUUGAAGAGAAACCAACUACAGAUACUGUUAAGACAAGGCCUGCUAUACCAACAAACACUAGAUCGAAAACAACAACCAAACGACCUUCAUCAGUACCUGUGGUAUACAGAGGCAAAUAUAAAACACGACCGACGACACCGGAGUCGACAAAAAUGACAGAUAUACCUACAACUCCAGAAACAGAAAUUGUCACAACUCCAAAACAGAGAAAGCCGCAACGUGUUAUACCAACACCAGUUAGAAAUCCUGUCAGAGUUCAAAACCUUCCUGACGAAAUAGUAACAAAACCGAAAACUGAAAAACCAGUAUACAAAACACGGACAAAACUUACAUCGAAACCUCUCUCGGUAUCAGUAUUUUACGACUAUCCAGACCAGAUUUAUGAUACAAAGACUCCAACAACUACUGAAAAACCUUACAUUAUUUACAAAAUCCCACAGAAAAUAUCGAAUGAUGUCGCUAAAGAUAUAACAUCAACGUCGAUACCAUUAAGAUCAUAUUACACUCAAAAUGACGAACCCACAACUAAAUUGCAACCUGUGUAUAACCGGAGGCCAAAUGAAGAUGCAAUUGCUUCAUUUUAUUUCUUCGACGAGCAACCUAAAAGUUCUCCAACACCUGAAACCUACUUUGAUGGAAGGAAUUACUAUAAAACUGUACCAAGUCAAACAUCACAGAUUCAAAAUCAAAACUCUAAUUCUCAAUCUGGAUUCUCUCCAUCAGUAGACGUUGCAUACGGGUCGAUUGAUCAAGCUGAUGCUCUAUUUUUAUGGCCACAAAAACAAGGUUCUCGAACACUCACACAAGAAUAUUUCAGCGUACAAAAACCUAGACCCCAGGUUUACGUACAACAAGUGAAACAGCGACCGGAUCCGUUUUAUCAACAAAUAGCUGACAUUCAACAAACCCUUGAGUUGUACACAACAAAAAGACCGAAAAGUCAUUCACAUAGGCCCCAUGCUAAUAAACAAAAACCGGUAACAGCCCAACCAGUAUACCAAUUCAGCUAUGACACAAAACCUCGGCAAGAAAAAUUAACCUUCAGAGCGCCAAAACUAGAUCCCGAACCAUUCAGGCCUAUGGUCAGUUACAGUAAGCCAUUUAAUUUUGAAAACGAAUUUAAUGCUAUUUCUCCUACCGUUUCACCUGGAUACCAUCAACAAUACUUAGUUGAAAAUUUACAAGUUACAACAGAAAGCCCGACAUCAUCAAGAUAUUAUCCUAAAACUAAACCGAGAGAUGAAGAUUACGAAGACACGCUAUACAACAAAGACAUAGCUCCGAAUAACAAUAUAAACCAUAUUCCAAUCCAAACAGGUAAACCCAAUCCACACAUCAAUAAGCACCCCAGUACUACACCUAACCCGAUCAGUAACGGUUACUACACAAAGCAAGAUGAAAAGUAUUUUGAUGAUAUAACCAAAAAUUCCUUUGAUGUUUUUGGCCAGAAAUUAGAAGAUGGAACUCGUGAUAUUAAUGGUCUAGCAGUUACACCUCCACUGGAAACUGUAAAAACACCUAUUGACAAUAAUCUAAACCAGCAAUACGCCUAUGAAAUCGUCGACUCGCAGAGUCCUAACCAACCAUCGUUGUACAAAGAUACAGAAGUCAAUGACCGAUUACCGCGUCCGAAUGUUAAUCCAUACAGCGAAUCAAUACAUCAAGGAUCACCCAAUGCUCGACUGGUUCAAUCGCCAAAACCACCAUCACUACUAGACGACACUUUAGUAAACGACAGAUAUCCUCGACCGGAAAUAAAUCCCGACAGCGAGUUCAUACCAAUACCAAAUCCCGGCUACAGAAAAGCGCAACAAUACAGAGUACAAACGCAGGUACAACGGCCUCAGUAUACUGGUGAACAGUAUGACUUGAAUAGGCCGUCGUUAGCCGGAGACACAGCCGUGAAUUAUAGGAGGCCCCUGCCGCCUGUAAAUCAGAAUGCUGAAUGGAUAGGUCCGGUAAACACGGCCGGCGAAGGAAGACCGGGUUCGUACGUGUCGUACAGACUGCCCGGAGAGGGCGCACACGUGUAUUUCCUAACGCCGCAGGCUGCGCAUGCUACCCGAGAGAGGUACAGAUCACCCGGCUACGGACGGUGAAACCAAAGCUCUAGUCUGAACUAAAACAGCCGUCGAGAUCGACGUAUCGUGUAAAUACAAAGCAAAUGUGAUGUUUAAGUGUCCUAAGUAGUAUUAGAAUUAAAAGACUA